UCGCCGCUUCCGCGUUGUAUUUCGUUCAUAUCCGCAGGAAAACGGCCUCCACCCUCGGCCCCGUGUAUCGCGAUACAUAAAUCUCUCGUUUAUUUUCUUUAUCGGAUCUCUCCGCGGUCUCGUCUCAUGUUUCUUACCCGAGAGAGCGCUAUCACAGCCACGAACGCGCCACGGGUUCCCGACGAGCCGCGGCUGCCCGGAACGUCGCUCCGCUGUGUGGCUAAUCUGCGCGGUGCCGUAUUAGCUAGUCGAACACGACGAAUCACUCAGUUGCGCGUUCGACCCGGUAGGAAGAGGUGGUCGGAGACGACGUCCGCCGCGCGCUUAGAUUAUACGGGAGUUCGCGAGUUGCCGAGUGCGUGGAGGCUCGCUCGUUCAACUCAGCGCACGGCGUGGUGGAGGCGCGCGCGGGGUGUCAGCACAGCGACGACGAUUGUUGCGCGAAGAGAGGGAAGCUCGGGCAAAGCGCGCGCACGAGGAGACUAGCACACUGUAUUCUCGAGGAAAGAAAAGAGAGCUUACCGAGACUUGCAUAGGCAACUGGCUAGGCACGCAUACUAGCUGUGAGGGGAACGUCGUUCCAUGACAACUGGAUGACGGCUGUGUGGAUACAACACACCGUUAGUGAUGUAAGGUGUUCUACGCGAUAAAUGGUGACGUCGGCAGAAGCACGAGCACCGGCUACUCCGCGGUGACUCGAGUCACGCCGCGGGUGUGCUCCUUUACGAUCGCUCUUUCUCUCUCCUACGUUUCCCUUCUCUGUCCAACCACCCGAUCCGCCCGCGAGAUCCUUCCGCUCGCCAGUCUCUGCCACCGGAAACCAUUACCAGUUCGUUGCUCACUGUUGAACACGAGGAAGUCUGUGAACGGGUCUGUAAAGAGGUGCAUCGUUGGUUUAGGGAUUGGAUUAACGAGGAAUGGAAACACGAAUUUUGCGCAUCGACACGUUCCCCAGUCUGACCUGCGACCGCGAGGAUGCUUCUUGGAGAAAAGCCUAGCCCGUGUGAACUACAGGACCCACUGUGGGUCAAAAUGAGUGCGAUUACUGGCAGUAUCACCAAGAAGAGAAAGAAGUCAGAUGCCAAGCCUCAGUCGCAGAUCAACAAGUGCCUUAACGAAAAAAGACGACGGACCCAGGAAAACCAUUUUAUGGAUGAGCUUACCGAGCUGAUUUCCGUCACGGACAUGAGCUCUGGCAAGACUGACAAAUGCCAGAUCCUUCAGAGAACCGUCGACCAGAUUCGGCACAUUAGGCAACAGGAAGGCUCGAAUAGUCAUGCCGUACAACAGGGGGAAGUGUCUUCUUCGAAUCCUAACAUACUGUCCACCGAUCAAGUUGGUCCUAUUUUACUCGAGGCGCUAGAUGGCUUUUUAUUUGUUGUAAAUACGGAGGGACGAGUGGAGUACGUAACUGAUAACAUAACGCAGUACAUAAAUUACACGAAGGAUGAUGUGCUCGGCAAGGAUAUUUAUAAUAUUAUUCACCAUGGAGACCACAACACCUUCAUGCCGAGCUUGUUGCCUAUGCCAUUAGGCUGGACGAACGAGCAGCAGCAGCAGCCCCAAAGGAACCGUACGUUCAGUUGCCGCUUCUUGGUGAAGCCUCCUGAUGAUAAGGAAGAGACUAUGGAAGAGAAGCAGCAACGAGUAUCGAAAUACGAGUCUAUGCAAAUCUGUUCAGCUCUUUUGCCAAAUAAUAGCGAUCGUCUCGAGACUGGUGACGUGUCCUCUGAAUCUUCGGACAACGGUCCUUGCGUAAUGUGCGUGGCUCGCAGGAUACCACCGAACGAGAAGCCCAUUGGUACGCCCAUCGAACAGUUCACUGUCAAGUUGGACACCACGGGGAAAAUAAUCGCGGUUGACAUUAUCUGGCUGUCACCUCCUUACUCAGAAUAUCUAAGCAAGGAUUUGAUUGGCACUGCAAUAAAGGAUUUGUGCCACCCUCAUGAUCUCAGUAAACUAACCGCACACUUGAACGAUACGCUUCAAGUUGGCGAGAGUACCAGCGGUGUGUACCGGCUACGCGUUAGUUCCGAUAAGUACCUUAACAUUCAAACAAAGUCGAAACUUUUCAAAGCCAGUGUGAUGAAUACACUCGUUACGGACUUCAUUAUGGCCACCAACACCAUCAUUGGGGACAAUGACUUAACGCCUAUCGAGGGUGGUCAGCUUUCCAACAACAAAGUGUGCUCUGGACACUCUAGUAACCGUUGUGCGAAUAAUAGUAAUAAUAAUAAUGGUAACAAUAACAAUAACGUGGGUGGCCCGCUGAUGUCCGUGGCGCAUCUGAACGGUCAAGUGAGUGGUAUCAGUGGUCGGGGGUUGGCGGGCACGUCGUCGCACACGGUGGCAUCCUCCUCGUCGUCGAACUCGAUAGUGUUUAGCGCGGCCGAGUCUUGCAACAACCCCCUGCCGUCGCUAACUACCAGUAAUCCGUUCAACCACUUUUCGGGGAACAUGGACUUGGAAUUCGAGCUCUUCCCCAGUUCCACAUGGGACUUGGAUAGUAGCAGCGGUUGGGCAGAUAGGCCCGAGUCGAGAGCGAGCGGGCCACCAAAUUCACGACCACCUUCCCAGCCAGCUCCGACAUCUCCGAGUCCCCAGGGAACGUUCUCCUCUAAUACAGCGGUGGCGCCUCACUGCAGUCCCAUGCGCGCGUUCAGCCCGACCUCAGGCAACGCAGCUCACACCUUCAGUAAUUCGUUCCCCUUCAGUCCGCUUCAGGAAUCACAGACGUCCGCCUUGACGAACAACGCUGCUAGUAGUGUUAGUGCUAAGGGAGCUGCCGCCGCCGGUUUGACGCCCAAGAGGCAGGACGAAGGGAAGACCGCCGGGGGAUGCUCAACCACCAACCAGGCCACCAUGGACGUCGGGAACAAUACCGCGAGAAACACGGCGACGUCUGUUGCUGGUGCAGCCGUUGCUGGCGGCGCGGCUGGCCAGACCAGCGCCGCGACCCCGACCUCGGUCGUAGAGACUCAAAACAGUGUUGUGUCCACGGAGUCCGGUAGACUCAGAAACUUGUUGACCAAGGGAGCUAGUGCUAGUGAGGAUAGUCAGGACAAUACGAAUAAUGAUUCCGAGAGCCAAAAUAAACAUAGGAUAUUAAAGAUCUUGUUGAAUCAACAAGACGAGGACGAUUUUCAUCCGGAACAUAAUAGUAAAGUGCGCACGAGUCCUAGCAACAUGCCAAAACCUAGCAUGGAGCAUUCGAAAUCUUCGCUUGGAAAUAAUAUGCUGCUACAGCUGUUGAACGAGAAGAAUGACGAUGAGGACGAAGAAGCACGCGCCGGUUUGAAAAAGAGGAACGAACUCCUGCAACAACUCUUGAAAGAUCAAGACGACGAGAGAAAGGUACAAGAGCAACAGUGCAAGUCACAGACUCGAGAAGAGGAUUCGCUAUUGCGAAGCCUAGGAUUUAGGAAUACCACUCCAUCGCCGUCUCAAUCAGGUGACAGCCAUGGUAGUUCAACUCAGGUUGGUCAGAAGAGACCUGGUGAAGAUGGCGAUUUGAACAUAGCAGUGAAACGGCCCAUGGACGGGUCGCAUCAAGUGUCUUCUUCCGGCACGUCGACUGCGACUAGCAAGCUCUGGGAGAAGAACAAAAUGUUGGCCUCGCUGUUGGCCAAACAGCCACCUCAGCCAACCACUAUCCCACCCAUACCUGCAUCUGUGAUAUCGGCAACGCCACAGGAUAAGCUUCGAAGUAUAGGAUUGAAACCGCAACCGCAACCGCCACAGUCGCAAUCUCAGCCACAAUCGCAACAGCAGCAACAACAACAGCAGCAGCAACAGCAGCAGCAGCAGCAGCAACAACAACAACAACAACACCAGCAACAACAGCAGCAGCAGCAACAGUCGUGGGCAGGUGGCAGUAUACAGUCGGUUGGUGGUAAUACGAUUACGACGACCGCUACUUCCGCGCGUACGCCUCUCCAAAGCCAGUCGAGACCACUACCUCGUCAAGCAACCAAUACCUACCUCACUCAUAUGCUAAGUCAGCAACAAAGACCUCAGAUGGGUCAAAUUGAUUCAGAAUUCACGGGCAGCGGGGAGUAUCGCCAAGCAAGUAACGAUCCCACCACUUGGGAUAAUCAAUCAUCAGAUCCAGAUCUAUCCGAUAUUUUAGAUCAAGUUAUCGAAUUCGUACCGGACGAAGCUAUUGCAGAUUCGUCUGCGAUAGCAAAUCUGUUAGAUGUAAUCGAAGCGCCGCAAAACAAUGCGUUGAACGAGAAGAUGGCGAUUAACGCGAUACAGAAGUCGUUGAUGUUAUGCGAGACUGCCGUAAAUCCAACGUCUUCCACCAUAACAAUUCCUGGCACGCCUCCAGCUUACUCUACCGCGUUGGGCACGACGCCCGUAACGACGAGUCAUAGUUACCAGCCACCACCGAUGUAUCAACAGCAACCGAGAAUGAGGUUUAACACGCAGCCGGGUGUCAGGCAGGCGACCACUCAAUUCACGCAGCAGCAACAGUUGCAGUUGCAGCAGCGAACGAAAUUGAUACAGCAGCAGCAACAGCAGCAAUUGAAGCAGAGGCUCCUGCAGCAGCAACAACAGCAGCAGUUGCUCAUUCCUUCUAAUGCUACAGCUACGGACCAAAUUACCACCGGCAUCCACAAUAUCGAUAAUCUUCUCAACAACACCGUUGCGCCAAACGUAUCAUUACAGCGAUCGAGUGUACCAGAUUCACAAGUGUCUCCAGGAUAUGGGGGAUCCGUCCAGAUGCCUUCCGGUCAUCGACUUGCUCACUCGUACUCUCAUCCUUCAACGUUACCACAACAUCCCAUUGUAAAUAAUAAUUUCAACAGCGGUCAACAAGUGUCUGCUGCGGCGCGACUCUCGCCGCAUUCCCCGGCUGGUAUUCUGUCGUUCUCGCAUCCCCAGCCGUUGUCACCGCGAGUGACGCAAGGCAACUAUGGUAAUACCCCGAGAUUAUUCAACGUUAACCAGGUGAGGUCGCAGCAACAGCCGACCGCGCAGCAGCAGUUGCAGCAGCAGCAGAGAUCGAUGCCGUCGCCAGGGACACCGGCGUCCGCUCGGCAAUCCCCGUUCCCGGCAGAAACCUUUCCCCCGCCCACGUCCCCGACCGCUAGCCAGUUUCCUCCUGGUCCCAAUCCCGGUGCUCCGAAUCCUCCGGCCCAAUAUCGGUUGCAACGGACCACGUCUACACCUUCAGCCACGACUCAGCUCCCAGGUGGGGUAGGUUCGCCCCGGCACUAUGGCGGAGUGAGUAAGGAACAACCUCUUCUUUCACCUAGUCAUCCACAUUCGGGUUGCAACCCAGCAACACCGACUCAUAAUCAACACAACGUAACGAAUACCCAACAACACUUCUCCAACCAACAACAUUCUUCUAUGAUAUACCACACGACCGCCAAUACAAUCAACACAGCUGACAUGCAGAACAAUCAGUUCUGUUACGAUCGGACGUCUGUUCCACUCUAUUCGUCAGGGCCCGGGGACACGCAGGAUGCCAGGCCUUUGCCUCCCGGUAAUCCUGUCAAUCACCAAUUGGGUGGAAACGCAAGCAGCACCUCGGAGUUCGUGAGACAAGAGCUCAGAGCGAUCGUCGGCGCGCGAACGCAGCAGCAGCAACAGCAAAGGGUACCUAACAACAUACAGAACAACCUCUCUGGUCAAGUAUCUCAGGACGAUCUUGAAGCGCUCGGCCUUACGUUUGAAAUGUCUUCAGCAGGUGAGGCUGUGGUUAACGAUGGCCCUGCAAAGAGCUGGGCCAUUGGGAGUGCCGGAAGUGCCCCCUCGUCCUCCAGGACUUCUAUGGAGGAAGUGGCUCGAGGUGAUCCGAAGGUGAACCAGUCAUCGCUGUUGCAAAAGCUGUUGUCGGAGUGACUGCCGGCCAGCACUUUGAACAGUAAUGAGAUCUAUGUAAUAUACGUUUGAAGGGGAGACCGCAAGUGAAGAACAAAACCCCAGGGCAGGGUGAUUAUAGAGAAGGGAGGACAAAGAAAUCGGUCAUACAUACACACAUACGCAUGUACACCCUAUACGUAAUGGAUACUAAAUUGUACUAUAUGUAAACGCUGGAACAUACACGAAGUCAGUAUUCAGACACGUAUCACCAAAUACAAUUUUGAUGAAAAGAUGAA